GCUGAUCCAAACACUGCGGGUGAAGGUGCUACAUCUGAUAGCACAGCUUUGCAAAGAGAGCCUCGACGUGAAAGCGUUAUAUGGCCAAGGGAGCCUUUGCCUUAGAAUAUUAAUAUCUUGCGGAUGACUGCUUUGAAACCUGUGAAAUCCAAUUGUUUUAAAGGUGAAUGCAAGGAACGAACCAAAUUGAAACCCCAGAACCAACCACGGCUGGAAAACCAGCAGAGACACUGGAGAGCCAAGACCAUGAAGCCGAGGAAGAAAGCAUCUGAGAAUGAACAGCCUGCCACAAAGAAGAGAAAAACCGCAGGCAAUUCCAGUCAGAUGAAUCCCAAACAGAAGGUGGGGAAGGUGCCCAAUGUGAACACUGCUCGAUGGAAACCACUACCCCAGAGUACGAGAGACUACAUCGCUGCAGCAAUCGACAUUGCUAUAUACAAUGCGCUACCACUGAAGGGUUCCAAGAUGGAGGCCAGUCAGGAACAUCUGAGCCAGUUAAAGCACAGAUUUCUGGAUCGAUGUUCCUCCCUCAAAGUACCUGUGAGCAAAUUGAAAGAUUUGAGAAAUGUCCAGAGGUCCUGUGUGUCCAAGGAAGAAUACCUGAAGGAGGAUGAAGUCUCCCUGCGAGUCUUGCAGGAUGAGUUGGAUAAGAUCCUCAAGACCAUGGAGCAGAACAGCGAGGACGUGGACAAGCUGCAGAAUGAGAUCAGUACUCUGAGAGCAUUUCUGGACGAGACAGAAAACGAGCAGUUCCAGAAUGUGGGUGUUGGAGUUCUAAACCUCCCGGAGCUCCCUGAAGCCAGUUUCCAGCAAACCACUCUUCAGGAGAAGCUGAUGGCCAUCGGAAAUCAAGUCUCACUCCGCCAGGACCUUCAGAUUAUUCAGCAUUGCCCUGCCAUGCAAAACCUGUUGACCUUCCUCGAACACGCCCAUGCAGAAGCUGAAAACGUCUCUCCUAUUGGCCACUGAAUUAAUUUUACCUUUAAUGUUUGUUCUGUGUUGUGUCUCAGCCGUUAACUAAUUGAUUCCUUGCAUUGGAGUUAUAUGUUUCCAGAAGCAGAUCUAUAAUAAACUUGUUAGUUUUAACCAAA